UGUUGGGUUUCACGACAAAUUUAGGCCUGGCGGAGAGGUGGUAGCCACACUGGUUGCUGCGUAUUGUCGGUAGCGUACUUUGUACUUUCUUCACCGACUCCCUGCCAUCUGCGGAAGUAUUAGUUAAAUUUGCAGGCGAAGCAUGUCUGGCCGGUCCAACUCACAGAACCUGCUGGCUCAGAUACCUGCCAGUGUGCUGGUCAAGAAUGUAAGCCCCGAUGAAAUCGUGCCUGAAGAGGCCCUCGAAGUGGCUGUUUCUGAGGUGAUGGAGGAUGCAUCUGGUGAGCUGCAAGCAGCUGAUAAUGUGGAAACCAUCAUGGUGGCUGAUGAGGAGUUUCAUGGCACGGUGGUGCAGGAAGUUGAAGAAGUGCAAGAAGACAUCACAGCCGAGGUCAUGGCUUCUGUGGACAACACGGUCCUUUGCAAGAUGGAGCCUUGUGACAAGGGCAGCGAGAUCUGGGUGCUUGGUGACAUAAUCACGGUGGACGAGCAGGCACACUGCAUCCUGACCGAGCAUGUAGCAGCAACUGAUGCCAGCAGCGCAGACCAUGAAGCCCUUAUAGGGGGCCCCAAGCAUGCAUGCGCCGACUGUGGCAAGGAAUUCACGACCAUUUUCCACCUCCGUCGGCAUAGGCGUAUUCACACGGGCGAGCGGCCUUAUCCAUGCAAGGUGUGUGGCCAAUGCUUCCGGCACAGCACGUCACUCAAGGUGCACAUGCGCCGGCACACUGGCGAGGAGCCCUUCCAGUGUUCGGUAUGCUCAAAGACCUUCAAGGAUCCAGCUAACUUCAAGGUUCACCAGAACUCGCAUUCCAAGGAGCGGCCCUAUGCAUGCCGUGUGUGCGACAAGCGUUUCAAUGCGGCCUCCACGCUGUAUGCUCACAUGAAGAUACACACAGGAGAGCGGCCUUACACGUGCACCAUCUGCAACCGCUCCUUCACAUUCAACAACACCCUGGUGCGCCACAUACGUACCCACACGGGCGAGAAGCCAUACAAGUGUGAACAGUGUCCACUGCGCUUUUCCACCGCAUCCAACUUGUCUUCGCAUCGCAAGAAGCACUCGCAAGAGAGACAGUUUCACUGCGAGAUCUGCCCGCAGGAGUUCUCCACGGCAACUGCUCUGGCCUCGCACGUCAAGACCCACACUGGCGAGCACACUCAUCAAUGUGAGGUGUGCUCCCGGGGAUUCGCCAAGUUUGCCGGCCUGCAAGCACAUAUGCGCAAGCACACUGGCGAGCGAGCCUUCUUUUGUGAAGAUUGUGGCAAAGGAUUUACGCGUAAGCUGCACCUCAAGCAACACGUGGCGUCCGAACACGAGCCGGUCCGGCCUGUGGCCACGUGCGAGGUGUGUCAUCGUGACUUUAUCAAUGUUGAGUCCCUCCAGGUGCACAUGAAGACGCAUAAUGUGUCCAGGGGGACAAGUGCAAUUGUUGUAUACAUUAACAAAAAGUGAGCUGUUGCCUUUUCACGAAUAAAUGAUGCUCUGUUUGCAUGGAUACGUCAUCUGGCCCUCUGCAACUGUGGACUGCCUGGAACGCUUACCGCACAGGGCCUCCUUGCAAUGAAAGUUCUGUUAAUUUUCAACAGAACUCAUUAUCAUUCUUUUUUGCCAGUGUGUUUAUUUUGUGGUGAUUAGCGAGUACGAUGUAUAAAAAAUAAUCGUUAUUAAAUAACGACAAUCAAUACA